AUGGGGUUCUACGCUACGUACGGGUUUACCCCAGUAUUACGAAAUGACGCUCACCAGUACGAGUUUACCCAAGUAAUUCGAUACGACCCUCACCAGUACGAGUUUACCCCAGUAGUUCGAUAUGGUCCUCACCAGUACGAGUUUACCCCAGUAAUACGAUACGACCCUCACCAGUACGAGUUUACCCCAGUAGUUCGAUACGACCCUCACCAGUACGAGUUUACCCCAUACGAGUUUACCCCAGUAAUACGAUACGACCCUCACCAGUACGAGUUUACCCCAGUAAUACGAUAUGGUCCUCACCAGUACGAGUUUACCCCAGUAAUUCGAUACGACCCUCACCAGUACGAGUUUAUCCCAUUCGAGUUUACCCCAGUAUUACGAUAUGGUCCUCACCAGUACGAGUUAACCCCAGUAAUACGAUAUGGUCCUCACCAGUUCGAGUUUACCCUAGUAAUACGAUAUGGUUCUCACCAGUACGAGUUUACCCGAGUUAUACGAUAUGGUCCUCACCAGUACGAGUUUACCCCUAUAUUACGAUAUGGUCCUCACCAGUACGAGUUUACCCCAGUAAUACGAUAUGGUCCUCACCAGUAUGAGUUGACCCCAGAUAUACGAUAUGAUCCUCACCAGUACGAGUUAACCCACGUGAUACGAUAUGGUCCUCACCAGUUCGAGUUUACCCAAUUCGAGUUUACCCCAGUGAUACGAUAUAACGCUCACCAGUACGAGUGUACCCCAGUAAGACGAUACGACCCUCACCAGUUAACCCCACUGAUACGAUAUGGUCCUCACCAGUACGAGUUUACCCCAGUGAUACGAUAUCACGCUCACCAGUACGAGUUUACCCCAGUAAUACGAUACGACCCUCACCAGUUCGAGUUUACCCAAGUAAUACGAUAUAACCCUCAUCAGUACGAGUUUACCCCAGUAAUACGAUAUGGUCCUCUCCAGUACGAGUUUACCCCAGUGAUACGAUAUGGUCCUCUCCAGGACGAGUUGACCCAAUACGAGUUUACCCAAGUAAUACGAUACGACCCUCACCAGCACGAGUUUACCCCAAUAUUACGAUAUGGUCCUCUCCAGUACGAGUUUACCCAAGUAAUACGAUAUGGUCCUCACCAGUUCGAGUUUACCCAAGUAAUACGAUAUAACCCUCACCAGUACGAGUUUACCCCAGUAAUACGAUAUGGUCCUCACCAGUACGAGUUUACCCCAGUGAUACGAUAUGACUCUCACCAUUACGAGUUAAGCCCAGUAUUUGUGAAAUGGAAAUAUUGGAAGCCAAAAACUACCGUAUGA